AUGAAGGCCGCCUUCCUCGCUCUCAUCCCCGCUUUCGUCUCGGCCGCCGUCCUCCCGGCCAAGCCUCUCGACGAGCGCGUCUUCUACAACCCCACCACCUUUGGCUCCUAUGCUACCAUCUCCAGUGCGGUCCUCAACUCGUGGGCUGGAGCCGCCUACUACACCGCUGCUGCUUACUGCGACCCCGCCGUCGUGAAGACUUGGACUUGCGGUGCCAGCUGUACCGCUCUGGGAAGCGGCACCACCGUCCUUGCCCAGGGCGGUGACAACUCGGACGUCCCCUACUACUAUGUGGCCUACAACGGCUCGCAGGUUAUCGUCGCCAUCAAGGGAACCAACUCCAAGUCGCUCGAAUCAUGGGCUAACGACCUUGAGUUUGCCUUCACCACCCCCAGCUCUACCUGGUUCCCUGGCUCGCCUGGCCAGGUCCACAGUGGCUUCUACGACACCUUCAAGGACCUCCAGCCGACCGUCUACACUGCCGUCGCCGCCCAGGUCGCCCUUGGCCACACCAACAUCCUCGUCACCGGCCACUCGCUGGGUGCUGCCACUGCCCAGAUCCUGGCCGUCUACCUCCAGAACACCUUCUCCACCGCCACCGUGACUGUCCGUGCCUUUGCUCCCCCUCGCGCCGGCAACCCCACCUGGGCCACCUACGUCGACGCCAAGCUCGGUGUCCGCUCCCAGUUCAUGGUCGUUGCUGAAGACCUCGUCCCCCACCUCCCCACCUUGCUCCUCAACUACCGCCACAGCUCGAACGAAGUCUGGAUGCCCUCGGCUUCGGCGACCUCCACCUGGCGCGCGUGCCAGGGCCAGGAGAAUGACUACUGCUCCGACUCGGUUUCGGACAGUGGCAGCGCCACCAUCAGCUCGCAGCACUCUGGCCCCUACGCCGGUGUUACCAUGUCGUGCUAG